AUGGCAAUUGUUAAUCCCCUGCUUAAUGUUAAGGACUCUCGCUGGCUUCAGCUUGAAGUCUGUCGCGAGUUUCAACGCAACAAAUGCACUCGCCCCGAUGCAGAGUGCAAGUUUGCCCACCCGGCAGCUAAUGUCGAAGUCCAGAAUGGCCGCGUUAUUGCUUGCUACGACUCCAUCAAGGGGCGAUGCAAUCGCGAAAAGCCGCCAUGUAAAUACUUUCAUCCACCGAAGCAUUUAAAAGAUCAGCUGAUAAUCAACGGAAAGAACCACUUGGCCUUAAAAAAUGCCUUACUGCAGCAAGUGCCAUUUCAGACUGUACUUACUAGUCAACUGCCCAUGGCACCGAAUCCUUAUCUGACAAACUUGCCUGCACUCGCUGCUGCUUCAUCUGCUGCCGCCGCCGCAGCUUAUGGUGCUUACUCGGCGCCGUCACCUGCGGCCAUGCUGAUGAACGCCGAGCAACUGUCCUCCUCGUACGGACUCACAUCUACCUCAUCCACUGCGCCCUGCUCAGUGAGCAGUCCUGGCACCAACCCCAACAAGAGUCGCCUGGAGACGGUAGUCACUGGCAGUGCCACUGGCAUCGAGGUAAUCACUGUCCUCUCGCCCUCACCACGCACUGCAAUGUCCCUAGUCCCAAUCGCUGCCUAG